UUGAUCUUCUUCAAUUUAUUAACAGUAUCAAGACCAGCGUGGUCAAGAAGUGUAGUGUUUGGUUUAGUUUAGCGUAAUACUGCUGCGUCGACCAUCUAAGAUGAGGUCGUUAGCGCUAUUGGCAAUCUUUGGCUGCCUCUGUGCCACAUUAGUUCUAGCGGAUGAACCGGUCGCGGUACGCGAGAAACGCAGUCCCGCUCCAUUCUUCUUCAACAAGGGCCAUGACGAGCACCAUGAACCGAAGUGCGUGUGGCAGAAGAAACUAGCCUGGAAGGAGGACUGGAAGAAGGUCUGGGAAUCGAAAAAGAUCGAGGUUUGGAAGUCCGAGUGGAAGAAAGAGCAGAUUCCGGUCUGGAAGAAGGUCGAGGUGCCGAUUUGGCGCGAGGUGAAGGUCCCGGACUGGAAGAUCGUCAAGAAGCCAUACUGGAAGGAGACCGAGAUCCCCGCGUGGAAAGAAGUGCAGGUACCGGACUGGAAGAAGGUGACCAAGCCAAUCUGGAAGGAAGUUCAAGUCCCGGUGUGGAAAGAAGUCGAAGUGCCAGAGUGGAAACAGAUUUGGGUACCGGACACCGUGAAGGUCGGCAUCCCCGGGGAGAAGUACUUGGGCAAGGAUGAGCACGGUUGGGAGUACACCAGUCACGAUCUAUGGAAGAAGAAGAUGGUAUGGAAACCAAUUUGGAAGAAGGUGACCAAAACCGUAAAGAAGGAGGAAUGGAAGACCGAGAAGAAGCUCGAAUGGAAGGACGAGUGGGUGCAGGUAUGGCGCAAGGAGAAGCAGCAGAUCUGGGUAAAGAAGAAGGAAGAAGCGUGGAAGGAGGAGAAGGUUGAGAUCUGGCGCAUUGAGAAGAAGCAGGAGUGGGCUACCGAGAAGAAGUUGGAGUGGAAGGAUGAGUGGAAAGAAAUCAAGGUCCCAGCCUGGAAGGAAAUUCAAGUGCCCGCGUGGAAGAAGGUGUGGAAACCCGUAUGGGAGAAGGCCUGUGUCCCAGUCAGCCACGGAUGGCAUUAGUCGCUAUACCAUGUAGUGAAUUAGGUUGUUUUAAUUUAGUUAGUUUCGUAUUUUCUGUUUUCGUUUAGAAUCAGUUGGGGUUGUCUUAAUGUGAAACGACGGAUGCUGUGAAUGCGCGUCGUGGUUUAACUACCGUUGGCGUAAUCGCAGCAAGUUGCACAACUAUAGACAUCUCUGACGACAUUUUAAUAGGUAUCGCUAUUUCUUACUCAUCUUGUGUCUGUCAGAGUAAUUUUCCUCUACAUUACGUCCAAAGAAGCUUGUAGAAAGAGCGCGCAAGGCAAGAGCACCAUCGUCGGUGCUCUCAUCUACUGACUAAUAUUGUUUUUCACGCGUAAAAGUUACUCCCAUCGGUGUGUUGGGCGGACGGCGCACCGUGGUUGGGGCAGUCAAGUUUGACGAUUGGCACGCAUCUUCGACGUCGCACUCUCGUGAGCAGCUUAUCUUCGCGCGGGAACGGUGGUGGAUCCAGUUACCAGAUUUUCUUUAUGUAAAUAUUUUCAAUUCAAUUAGCGUAUUAUCUCACACUACUUCCCAUGCCAAAAUAUUUCAUUUUCCACCCCGCGCCUUACUAGGGUACUCCGAUGGAUGAGUUGUUGUGGAGCCAAUUGCAACAAUGCAGUAGUGCACGACCGGUUCGGUUCGUAAAAGAUGGUGAGGAAAACAGAGGAUGAGAUAACCAUUUCCUCUGAUAUCUAUAUUUGUUUUCAAAGAAAUAUUUUUUCUCGGCUAAUUUAACAUUUCAUUGGGCGCCAGUGUGCUCGUGAUGUGCGUCGAGAGACGGUGGGUAGGCCAUUGUGUGUGAUCGAUAACAAUAGCCUGAUGAAGUUAUGAGCGAAAAAAGUUUUUGUAGGUUACUGCUGUCAAUUGGAAUUGAAGACGUCAGUAACGAUCCAUUCCAUUUGGAUCAAACGAUUCGACAUGGUGUCAUGGUGAGUUUGAUGUAACUUGAGAUGAUUGAGCAUAAAAUCUUACGAAAAUGAGCUGCUUAGCAUCAUGUAAAUUGUUUUAUUUGAUACGCUUUGGUGCUUUGUGUAACUGUGUCGGAUUGUCUACAUUAUUUUUCAAAUUACACAGCAGUUACCUGCUCAAUGAAAUAGUGUUUAAUUGAAAGCCUAUCAUAAAAAGACAAUAUUUAUCAACAUAGAGAAGUGGUGGAAAUACAAUUACAAGUCAUGUCCAGCAAUCUCAGAAAUAUUUUCUAAGAAUCGGCCGAAACGGUCAGCACGUCAUGAACUGUUUUUGUCGAUCAUGUAUGCUAUUUCUCUAAUUAUAUUAGUAUUGCUAUUUUUCAAAUUUGGAACAUGAACCGAAACUUAAAAUUUAAUUCAAGGUGACGAAUUCCCCGUUGCAUAGGCUCUUCAUGGAUCUACAAAUGUUAUCUGAUCACCAAACAAAAGCACGAGAAAGGCCAAAAGCUCGUUAACAUCAAUAGUAGCGAUCAGUUCACGCAUUUAACCUAAAUAAUUCAAACGCUUGCGCGAGUGCGUGUGAAUCCCUUCACCAGAUUGUCAUGAAUGUGUCUAAGAUCACCAUUUAGGGACCCAUUUAUGGGAAAACCAAAUUCUGUAAAUCCAAUGCAUUUAUCCUCCAGCGAAUGACAGAAAUGUUCAACUUGGGGGCCUGUCAAAAGAUCAAAACAUCUCGAAGGGGGCGCUUACGCACCGCUGGCAUACAUACCGUGUUUCCCAUGGUUCGAUCCACUCCAUUCGAUGCUGAUGGUAUUGUUUUGCAUUCACCAUCGGCGGGGCGGAAAAGGGAGCCACGACGAAAACUAAGUCAUGUUAUAAGCGGUGAAAUAAUUCCGCGAAAAGCGAUGGAAUGAAAGGGGAAGCGUCUUUGAAAUCACUCUCACUGCUUGAGCUGCGUUGGAAAACCGGCCCACCGCAUGCCGCCUGGCUGCCAUGAAUGCGCUAGAGCGCCUGAUACCGACACCAGAGAGCGCGCCACAAAUUGGGUACACACAAAAUCCGGAAGCAUCCGUUGCGGAACCAAAACAUGCACUAUCUGAGGAAGCCGUGAGACGGAAAAAAUGGGUGGAAAGCGCAGCCUCUUUGGUUUGAAAAAUCUAAAACCGAAUCGAAGUGCGAGAGGCUGCUACGGGCGAGAGUGACGUGCGUCUUACGGCGAUAACAAGCGUGUGGUGCGUGCUUUCGGAAUGAAAUGACUUGCCACAAACCUACACAAUCUAGAUCUAGUUUUUCGCGGAAACCCCGAGAAAAGCGAAAGUGGAGUAACUCGGAUUUGUUAUUUAUUUUUGUAUAUUUUCAUACAAAAAGUAAAUAAUAAAUAAUCUAUUUAACCAACGAAACAUUGAGAAAACGUCUAAUGUAACACACUGUUAUAUCUUAUUAAUUGAUUUCUCCUUAAAACACUAUCGAGAACUUUUUACUUUGUUUUAUGAUUUUUUUUUUGUUGAAGAUUUUUUUAUUUUUGCGAACGAAAGUUGUUAAAAGAAAAUGUACAUAUUAAACGUAGUGAGUUAAUUAAUUUUGUAAAUAGAUCUUCCAGAAAAGAAAAACAUUGCGAGCAAGUCAUAAAUAAACAAAACUGAAUGAAAAACUAA